ACACAGAAGCGCCAGAAGCGCCGCCGCACAUCUUGUAAACAUGAUUAAGAUCAGAGCCACGCAGUCAAGAUCAACAGGAUGAUCAAAUAAGGACUGUUCAGCCAGCUAUUUACAUUUAAACAUCACCACUUGUUGUAUGGGUGGAUGACUCUUUCUGAAGAAUUUCCCUUUUUCCACGAGGAAACUAUCCAUGAUCGUUCAUGAUGAAUCGCAGCAACUUCCACCUCAGCUGUAGGCUCUUCAAGGGAGCUGUUUCCUGUCUCAGUACCUGUAAACCAUCCUCGGUCCCAGUGACAUCUGGCCAAAGAUGGCAGAAGCAUGGCUUCCAUAGCUUUGGUCCAGCCACGGUAGAACACAGUCUCCAGAAGGCUGGGACCCAACACAGUUUCUUACUUCCCAGGAGACUAGUAUCAGAGAAAAGAGAGGACAAGGUUAUAAGUUCCAGCUCUUCUGAGGAUGCUGAUUUAUCCCCUGAUUUAUUAGCAAAUGCAAAGCCAUCUUUUAUGGAGGCCAUUCCUGAAGACGAUGUUGAGGUGUUGGAAAAUAGCCAUGAAUUUGAGGUUGACAUCCUUGAAGAGACAGAGAAUCCAGAGAUCUUGGAACACUUUUCUGACAUGCCCCUCAUGCCGGAGACAUAUACCCUGGCCUCGUACGUGGACCAUUCUGAGACCCUGCAGAAGCUAGUGCACAUGGGCAUGGACCUUUCCAAAGUGCAGAGCAGAAAAGGGGUGGCCAGCAUGCUUAUGAAGAUGGACUUUGACCGUGACAUAAAGGACAAGCUGGCCUUUCUGCAUCACAUAGGGAUUCCUGGAGAACAACUUGGAUGGUUUAUCACCAAGAACCCGUUCAUCUUAGGUGAAGAUGUGCAGAAUCUAGAAGCUAGGGUACAUUAUUUGCUGCAAAAUGGAUUUUCGGAGGCAGAUGUUUCCCAGAUAGUUUGUCGUUCCCCCUACUUUCUGAAUUUUUCUGUGGAGAGAAUUGACAACAAACUAGGCUACUUUCAGCAGCUUUUGAGAAUUUCUGAUUCCAACGUCAGAGAGAUCAUCACCAGGUGUCCUAAGCUGGUCACCAUGACAGUUUCAAGGCCCAAGGAGAAUCUGUUUGUCCUGGAGUUCCAGUGUGGCUUUAGCAAGGAUGCUCUACGCUCUAUGGUGCUCAAAGAACCAGCUAUACUGCUCAGGGGAAAAUUUCGUUUGAUUGCAACCUUUGACUACCUCCACAAUGUCAUGGAGAUUCCACACAAGCUGCUUCUCAAGUCGCCUCAAGUCUUUCUCGGCCAGGUCAACAGGGUCAAGGACCGACACAAGUAUCUGACAUUAAUAGGAAGGAACCAGUAUAAUCCCAAAGACCCUGGUUAUGUUCCGCUGAUGUCCCUGUUCAAACUACCAGAUGAGGCAUUCUGCAAAGACAUCGCAAGGACUUCACUCCAAGAGUACGAGAGGUUUUUGAAGACAAGCCGUACGUGACACCUUUUCGUUGGCCGUUAUUUUUCUUCCAGCCAUACUCAACCUCCCUUCUAAAGGAACUGACCAGUAGAUUUUGGACAGAGUUUUAGGAAGA